ACGUGGCGGCGGCGGAGGCGCCUCUCGCUCCGGCCGCCGAGCGACGUGUGCGAGCGUGAGGGGCUCCGCUGGGCCCCGCCUAGGCCGGGCGGGCGGGCAGGCCAGGCCCCGGCCGGGAGGGACGGCGCGGAAGGGAGGAGGGCAUGUCGGCAUGCGGAGGACCCGGACCUGACUCCGGCCUUCCCUCAGCGCCUGCCGAGGCUCCGCAACACCAGCAGCAGGAGGAGGAGAAGGAGGAGGAAGAGAAGGAGAAGAAGCCGCAGCCCCCGUGGCUCGGCGCUUCCCGCAUGGCCCGGCGGCCCGAGGUCCUGUGCGGCGCCGCGGUGGUGCUGAGCUGCGCUUUCCUGGUCGCCCUCAAAGUCACCUGCAGCCGCGCAAAAGAUGUGACAAUGCCAGCAAAGCUUCCAGUCAGCUUCUUCUCUUCAACGUCUCCAGUCUGCGAUCUUUUCCUUGGGCAGCUGGAUCGUGCAGAGGACAUCCGCCAAGAUUCGGAAAUCACCCUUUUUUUCUUCUACGCUCCGUGGUGUGGGCAGUCUGUUGCAGUGAGAGAAGAGAUUGAGAAAGUGGCAAGCAGUUUGGCAGACCAGGUGCUGUUUGUGGCGAUCAACUGCUGGUGGAACCAAGGGAAAUGCAGGAAACAGAAACAUUUCUUUUACUUUCCGGUUAUAUAUUUGUACCAUCGGAGCUUUGGGCCCAUCGAAUACAAAGGCCCGAUGAAUGCUGUUUACAUUGAAAAAUUUGUCCGCCGAGUGAUGACUCCCCUGCUUUACAUCUCAUCCCGAUCAAAACUUCAGCAGUUUCUCUCCAAUUAUGAGCCAGGAGUUUUGGGAUAUUUCGAGUUCAACGCUUCGCCCCAACCACCUGGUUAUCUGACAUUCUUCACUUCAGCUCUGCAUUCAUUAAAUAAAGAUUACCUUGGAACGAUCCACUUCGGAGUGAUCACAGACAAGCUGAUCGCAAAGGAAGUCCCACUGACCAGCUCAGGCAGCGUCUACUUGCACAGACAUGUGAACGCUUCUCUUCUCUAUCCACACGAAGCGAUGAACUACACAGCGGAAAAUGUUUGGAAGUGGGCCCUGGAGAAUCGUGAGACCUUCAUCCGCUGGCUGAGACCCCAUGGGGGGAAAAGUCUUUUGCUGAACAACGAGCUGAAGAAGGGACCAGCACUCUUCCUGUUUCUUCCUUUCGACCCCUUAGCGGAAAGUCAUCCCCUUGUAGAUGAGAUCUCGGAAUUGGCUUUGGAAUACAAGCGCUGCAACAGAAGCCAUGCAGGGGAAGCGGGUGCCGGGCAUUUGCAAGGAGGAGCAUCCUCAGAGUCCGGCAUCCGCCUCCCUCUGGCCGAAGCCAUCUCCAUCGCCAAGUCCCCUUGCUGCAACACAGUGGUGCUGCCUCCUCAGUGGCACUCGAUCACCCGGACCCACAACGUCUGCGAGCUGUGCAUCAACCAGACCGUGGGGGUCAGGCCCAGCCGCCUGGGAGGCCUGCACUGCAACUUCUUGGAGAUAGAAGCAGCCUUGGACUCGUUCUACCUCAAGGAGCGGACCUUUUUCCAAGUGAUGUCCAAGACGGAUUCCCUGUGCAGCAACUUCCUGAGCUUUUACAGCCCUUUCAGCUACUACACCGCGUGCUGCAGGACAGUGAGCGGGACCCCGCUGGGCUUCGCCGGCUCCGAGGAAUUAGCUCUUGCUUCCCAUGGGAAGAGAUGGAAAGACGAUCCCCAAAGCUCUAUUCCUCACAUUGAGGACAGGAGCGGUCUUAUCCCGGAAAAUGCCCUCUGCGACACUUACGUGACCGGCCUGAGUUGCAGGACUAACAAGACCUUGAACCUAUACCUGCUGGAUUCAAAUCUCUUCUGGUUGUACGCGGAGAGGCUGGGAGCAUCAAGGUCUGCUCCGGUGAAGGAGUUUGCUGCCAUUGUGGACCUCAAGGAAGAGACACACUAUAUCCUGGAUCAGGACCAGGCUCUGCUGAAAUCUAACCUAGAAACCUUCAUUCAAAACUACAGCGUUUUGUACAGUCCUUUAAAAAGACACCUUGUUGGCGACAGGAGGCCCAGCCGCAUUCGAUCUCAACAUGUCAUUAGAGAAAUUUUCACCGAUACUUUCCAUGAGGUCACGUUGAGGAGCAAAAAGGACAUUUUGCUGGUCUACUAUGCUCCUUGGUGCGGCUUCUGCAUGUCUCUCAAUCACAUCUUUAUCCAGCUCGCCCGGAUCCUGCCUGCUGAUAACUUCCUUGUGGCGAGGAUUGAUGUUUCUCAGAACGACCUUCCCUGGGAAUUCAUGACCGACCGCCUACCCAGCAUUCUGUUUUUCCCUCAUGAUCGGAAGGAGCAAAGUGUGAAGUUCCCUGCGGAAUUCCCGGUCACCCUUCCCAACCUCCUCAAAUUCAUCCUCUGCCACUCCAGCCAGCCUUCCCCUGCGUCUGGCCCGGAGCCCUGCCACAAAGGUUGCCUUCGGCAGGAGGCGAUGCUCCAGCAAGGCCACAUCUCCCACUUGCAGAGGGAGGUGGAGAAGCUGAGAGCAGAGAUCCAGGCCCUCCACCAGGCGCAGGCUCAGCUCCAAGGCCAGCUCUCCGAAGCCAGGAGGGAGGGGCAGAGGCUCCAGCAGGAGACACGCAUCCUGAGGAAGCAGCACGGGGCCUUGCAGAGCCAGCGCGAACAUUUGCAGGGGCUGUACGAGCAGAAGACCCGGGAGCUGGAAGACAUGGCUGAGAAGUUGCAAGAGCUGGCCGACGCCUCUGAAAACCUCCUCACCGAGAACACGCUACUCAAAGUGCUGGUGGCUUCGGUGGAGAGAGAACUGGGGACCAAAACUGAGCCGGAGUUCAGCCUUCCCAAGGAGGAGGAGGAGGUGGAAGAAGAAGCUGGCUUGGCUACUGAACCAGCUCUGGACACUUUCCACGAAGCAGAGCAGAACGCCAACACGAUCGAGGGCAGAAUAGCUCCUGAGCACAGCAAAGAAAACUGGACAGAAUAGCUUUUGUAAAGCAAGACACACACACAGAAGGGAACCCCACGCAAAUCAAGUUUAGUCUCAACUGAGAACAUCUUUAUGGAAACUUUAUUGAAAUUCCAUUGUAAAGACUUUUGUGGGGGGUGGGGGGCUGGACUAAAUAAAAAUCAAAGGAUAUUUUUAUAAUGAGUCACUGAACCAGAUAGACGAAGCCUGCGAUGUUGACAACAGUCUGGGGACUGACUCUUUGCACUUUACAAUUGCACUAAUUUGAUAGCUUUUGUAUCAAUUUAACCUAAAUUAAAACGAUUUGGUCGGAGGA